UUCUCAAUAAGCUUUAUUACGCCCUCAAAUUUUGCGCAUUCCCUCUGCAAAUUCUGCUCAUAGUAGAAGAAAUCCAUUGCCGCAAACCCGCAAACAAAAUAAUCAAGUGAUCGGAGAAAGUGGGGGGAAUGGUGACUUCGCCGGUGGUAAAUACGUAUCCUCUUUCCAGCUACACUUUCGGCACCAAAGAGCCCAAGAUGGAGAAAGACACCUCCGUCGCCGAUCGCCUUGCUCGUAUGAAAGUCAACUACAUGAAGGAAGGUAUGAGGACUAGCGUCGAGGGUAUUUUGUUGGUCCAAGAGCAUAAUCAUCCCCAUAUUCUUCUUUUGCAAAUCGGAAAUACAUUUUGUAAGCUUCCAGGUGGUAGAUUGAAGCCAGGAGAGAAUGAAAUUGACGGUUUGAAGCGGAAGCUCUCUAGCAAACUUGCUGCUAAUUCACCUUCUCUACAGCCGGAUUGGCAGGUUGGUGAGUGCGUGGCGAUUUGGUGGAGACCGAACUUUGAAACAAUCAUGUAUCCUUACUGCCCUCCGCAUAUAACGAAGCCUAAGGAGUGCAAGAAGCUCUUCCUUGUUCAUUUGUCUGAACGAGAGUAUUUUGCUGUGCCGAAGAAUUUGAAACUUCUGGCCGUUCCGUUGUUUGAACUAUAUGACAAUGUUCAGAGAUAUGGACCCGUUAUAUCCACCAUCCCGCAGCAGCUAUCCCGGUUUCAGUUCAACAUGAUUCAUCCGUAGAGCACGGGGCUUCUAAAGCUCCACAACUCAACAGAUAAAGUGAUCAAUGAGCAUGAAUUGGUUAGCCGUACUAUUUCAUAUCUAGAUACAUUCCCACAAAAUUCAGAACGUUCAACUUGCUUUCUAUGUUGACCCUUUUAGACACUCCCGAUCUUCCUCUCAGUCGGGCACUUGACUUAGCCGUACUUCUAUUUGCAAAUUUAUCUUGUUGCUUAUUUUAUGAAGUCCUUUCCCUGUUUUGUUUUUUUUUUCAAUUUCCAUGUAUUAUUACUUAUUUCUCAUGUUGUCAUGUGUAAUUCUGUGGCUAACCUAGUAGGCAAAUUAGAAAUUGUAACUUGUAAGUUUUGAGGGUUGUAUAUGACAUUGAGCCAUCAGAUUUUGUAACGUAACCUACCUCAUUUUUUAA